AUGGAGGCCGCCCCAGACGCCGGGCCCGCGGCCCAACAUCGAGACUCGACUCGGCACGACGAUGGCCUUGGCGCCGCGAACGAACCGGGCAUUUCGAUAUGUCGUAUAUGUCGUGGAGAGGGUUCUCAGGCUGAGCCGCUCUUCUACCCGUGCAAGUGCAGCGGCAGCAUCAAAUACGUCCAUCAGGACUGCCUGAUGGAGUGGCUCUCGCACUCGCAGAAGAAGUACUGCGAGCUGUGUAAAACGCCCUUUCGAUUCACCAAGCUGUACUCUCCAGACAUGCCGCAGUCGCUCCCUGUGCACAUCUUCGUCCAGCACAUGGCCAAAUACCUGCUACGCAACCUGCUGGUGUGGCUGCGGGCGGCUGUAGCCAUCAGCGUCUGGGCCUUCUGGCUCCCCUACUUUAUGAGAGCCUUCUGGUCGUUCAUGUUCCGGAUCAGUGACGAGGGCCUGGCUACCGGCUCCAUCAUGUCGCGCAUAAGCGAGGCCAACAACACCUUGUCUACCAUUCCAUCAUCAAUCCUAGCCAUUGGUACCUGUCCGGCCAGCCCUCUGCUCAAUGCCACCACCACGUCGGUGGCUGAAGUCGAAGCCGUCGUCGGCCACCUCCAAGGCAAGGACGUUUCCGACUAUCUCGUGCGGUUCUUCCUUGGCUCCUUCACAUCCCCCUUGCUUGCCUCGGACGGCGACCCGGAACAGGUUGCCAACGCUUCUGCCGUAUCAAGUUACGCCAGUCAAUCCACCAUCACCUCGACUCUCCUCGGCAAUGUAGCAUUCAUUGGUAAUCUCACUCGAAGCGCCAAUCUAAACCGGGCUAUUGUAUCCGUGCUGGAAGGACAAGUCAUCACGGUGUUGGUCAUCAUCUCCUUCAUUCUCAUCAUCCUAGUUAGAGACUAUGUUGUUCAGCAGCAGCCCGAAAUCAACAUGCGGGCUGCCUUUGCCGCUCCUGAAAAUGAGUUCCCGCUUCCACCACCGCCGCCGCCGCCGGAUGCUGCUCAGCCACAGCCCCUGCCGCCAAAUCUAGACGCCGCAGGCUCGGACGAUGAAACUCUGGAGGAGAACGAGCUGGUAGACGAACAAGCUUGGCGAGCGAUUCCGACUGUCAUGGUCGGCCCCGAAGACUCAUUGACUCCGGGAUCUUCGAACCAGUCGAUGCUUGAUCAGGACCAUGAGCACGACCCUUUCCCCACGUCCAGUACCACAUCAAUGCAGAACGAUCAGCUCAAUUCGCACGCACAAGAGGGCGCCGAUGAUGGGGAAGUUGCGGAAGAGCGAGCCACCGUCGAGGACUAUCUGCGCAUCUACCGGCGCGCAAAUGGCGACUUUUCAGAGAUACUGCGAAUCAUUGAGGAAGAGGGCCUGCAGGAGAAGCUCAAGUACUGGGUUGAGGUUACUCGACGCUCCACCAUGGAUAGUGCCGAACGUGCCGCUGCUGAUGAAGCUACAAGCGAACCUGCCGCGGACGGGGAAAGUCAUCACGAGCACGACGCGGACUCAGAUCAUGAGACGCUCCAGUCGCCGGCCAAUGGGAAAGGCAAAGAACCAGCUUGGUCUCCGACCCCGGCAGAUGCCUUUGUCUCGGGCUCUUCAUCCGCUGAUCAUUAUGACGAUGCAUUCGCCGCUGUUGGCUCACGGCCUCGUUCAAUGUCCGACGGGUUCCAGGAGCACCAGUCGGUCAACCCCUUGGCGAACAAUUCAUGGUCCUUUGACUUCCUGCCCCCGGAUGCCCAGCAUGAAUCUCAGGGAUCCUUGGACCAGGAGCAACCCGAGCAUGAUCUUACCUACGAGGAGGGGUCAAACCAGCCGGAGGACCACGACGACGACCACGACGAGGACAGCCAUUUGAACAGGGAAAACUACAGGCGCCUUCCAGAAAGAGACACCUACCGACGGUUUCCCGAGCCACAGCGCCUCCCCGAGCCAGAAGCCUUCCCGCGCCAUCCUCCCGAUUUUGACGUCUAUCACCGCCAUCCAGCCGCGGAUGCUGAACUCGACGGUCGACCGCCUCAUAUCGACGACGCCGCCGAAGAAGCCGCCAUCAACGACCAUGAUGCCCCAGCCGCUGGUCUCAUCAAUAGAGUUGCUGAUUUCAUGUGGGGUAACUUGAAUGAACAGGAUGAUGCCGCCGUGGACGAUGGCUGGGUCGAUGUUCCAGACGAAGCCAAUGGUGAGGAUGUGGACGGCAUCGCUGCUGACGGAAAUGCAGCGGCAUUCGAUGCCGAGGCAAUCGACGACUUGGAAGACUUCGAAGGGGUCAUGGAGUUGAUUGGCAUGCGUGGUCCCAUCGCGGGUCUUUUCCAGAAUGCCAUCUUCUGCGCCAUCAUUGUUGCCGUGACCAUCUUUGCUUGCAUCUUCCUUCCCUACAACAUAGGCCGCGUCUCCGUGUGGCUUCUCGCGAGCCCCACGCGGGUUGUGCGCAUGCUCUUCGAGUUCUCCAAGCUGCUUCAAGACGUCACCUUCCUGGUCGGCGGACUGAGUUCCUGGUGCGGGCUCAACGUUGUCGACAUGUUUGUAUCUGUUAUCGGUGGGUCUGCUAAGGCUCAUGUCGUAUCGGCCAGGAAGAUAUCAUGGGCCCUCUGGACAGGUGCUGGUAGCAGACUGUCCAGGUCCCUCUUCCUCGAGUUUUUCCCCAUGACGACCAUGGAGAUUCACAAUUUUUCCGCAGUCAGCCACGAGGCCCUUAAUACGGUCAAGGGCAACAUCUUGUCGGUCUUCUCCAACAUUGGCGACAGCUUCACUGCUGCCCGUGCCAUGGGCUUUGCCAAUAUCGUGUACACGACUUUCACGGCACUGAAUGAGAUGGUUCGAAAGUGUGCGCUCUUGGCUACAAAACCCAACCUUUGGGUGAUUGACCUGAGCAUGCCUGAAAAGUGGCCGGCGGCCGAUCCGCAGUUGACACACUGGUCGAGCCUAGACAGGUUCUGGGCGAUUCUCGCCGGCUACGCCACUGUCUUUCUGAUUGGUGCGUUGUACCUGAAAAAGGGCAGUCCAUUUUCGAGAAGCGCGACGAUUCAUGCUUGGGAGGCGGGCGUCAUCGAUUUUCUUCAGCAGGCCAGCGGAAUUAUCAAGGUGAUUCUCAUCAUCAGCAUCGAGAUGCUCGUCUUCCCUCUCUACUGCGGCCUGCUUCUCGACGUAGCCCUCCUGCCGCUCUUCGAGGAUGCCACACUGACGAGCCGGAUCAUGUUCACCUGCAAGUAUCCGUUGACAUCAGUGUUUGUCCACUGGUUCGUAGGUACCGGCUACAUGUUUCACUUUGCUCUAUUCGUUUCCAUGUGCCGGAAGAUUAUGCGGCCAGGUGUCUUGUACUUCAUCCGAGAUCCUGACGAUCCCGAGUUUCACCCCGUCCGCGACGUACUCGAGAGGAACCUCACAACGCAGCUGAGGAAGAUUCUCUUCUCCGCGUUCGUUUAUGGAGCGCUUGUGAUUGUGUGUCUCGGCGGCGUUGUCUGGGGCUUGUCGUUUGCCAUGCCAGGCGUGCUGCCCAUCCAUUAUUCAUCAAACGAACCUGUCUUGGAAUUCCCCAUCGACCUCCUCUUUUACAACUUCCUCAUGCCGCUUGUGGUCAAGUUCUUCAGGCCUAGCGACGCGCUGCACACCAUGUACACGUGGUGGUUCCGCAAGUGCGCGCGAGGUCUGAGGCUCACAUACUUCCUCUUUGGAGAGAGAAAAAUUGACGAGGAGGGAACCCUACGUCUGCGCCCCGGCGCCGAGGAUACCAGGCUUUUGAAGUCGUCAUACUUGCUCGAGCUCGGAGAAGGGGACGUGGUCGUGCCAAAGACGUGGCGGGAUACUUUUGAAGGGGGCCAUCUGAAGCCAAAUACGGUCAUGAACUCGGAGCAAAGAAGAGAGCUGCGCCGCAGAAAGGCUCGGCUCGUCGAGUCCCAGCAGCUCAUUAAGGAUGGUCAGUUUGUCCGCGCUCCCGCCUCCGACAGGAUCAAGAUCCCCAAGGGGCAGCGGGUGUUCCUGACCGUGAGCGAGCGCAACCACCGACGGGACGGCCGCCAGGAUGACGAUGUCUAUUCCACGAACCAGUACCUGAUGGUCUACGUGCCUCCCUACUUCCGCGCAAGGGUGCUCCUGUUCAUCUUCUUCAUCUGGCUGUUUGCCUCGGUUACCGGCGUGGGAUUUACCAUCAUUCCCCUCAUUCUGGGCAGGCGAAUCUUCAAGCUGCUGAUACCAAGCUACGUCAGAACAAAUGACAUCUACGCCUUUAGCAUCGGAGUCUACCUGCUCGGCUCGGCUGCCUACUUUGCAUUCCACUACCCCAUGAUCAAGAAGACAGUCCGGAGAUGGGUGCGGCAAGCACGACGCGACGUGGCUGACGGCAGAGCCUGGAGACGGGGCACGGCCAUGGGCGUCCGAGUGGCCAAGAUAUCCUAUGCCUACUUUAUCCUGGUGAUUGUGUUCCCGCUGCUUACGUCGACACUGAUGGAGCUCUAUGUCACCAUCCCUCUCCACACGUACAUGUAUCCUCCAAAGGCUAUCUCGACUGCUCUGGAGGGCGAGGCAGUGGAACGCCACACGGUGCGCGUCAUUCAAUCAUGGGUGCUGGGACUGCUCUAUCUGAAGCUGGGGAGCCAGAUGAUCACGUCGCUGUUUCCAGACAGCCGAGCCGCAAGGGCAGUCCGAUCCAUCAUGCGCCGCGGGUGGAUGCGUCCCGACGUACGUCUCCUGACGCGAGCCUUUGUGAUCCCAGGCUUGCUGGCGUUCUGCGUGGCCGUCUUCGGGCCGCCCAUGGUGGCAGGAUUCGUGAUCAGGCACGGCGGCCUUGCUGGAGGCUCCCCGGCCGACGAUGCGGCCGAGGCGGUAAGGAUGGCGGUGAUAUACAGGCAAUCGUAUCCCGUGGCAGCGUUUGCGGCCAUGCUUGCCAAACACGCAAUCGGUCUUGUCAAGGUGACGAACCGGUGGGCGGCGGGCGUUAGGGAUGAGGCGUACCUGAUCGGUGAACGACUGCACAACUUUGGAUCCAGGGCAUCCGGCACAAAGAGAGUCAGGGCCCAGGGGUAG